GGCUGCCCCCUGUGUUCCUCCAUCCAACCAUGAGCUGGUGCCCAUCACCGCUGAGAGUACACCAAAGAAUGUAGUGGACACGGGAGAAGGAGCCUCACGGGGUGGAAACACUCGAAAAAGCCUCGAGGAGGACGGCUCCACCAGAGUCACCCCGAGCAUCCAGUCCCAUCCCCAGCCCAUCAGAAACAUGAGUGUGAGCCGGACCAUGGAGGACAGCUGUGAGCUGGACCUGGUGUAUGUCACAGAGAGGAUCAUCGCCGUCUCCUUUCCCAGCACAGCCAACGAGGAGAACUUCCGGAGCAACCUCCGCGAGGUGGCCCAGAUGCUCAAGUCCAAACAUGGAGGCAACUACUUGCUGUUCAACCUCUCUGAGCGGAGACCUGAUGUCACGAAGCUCCAUGCCAAGGUACUGGAAUUUGGUUGGCCUGACCUACACACCCCAGCCCUGGAGAAGAUCUGCAGCGUCUGCAAGGCCAUGGACACGUGGCUCAACGCAGAUCCCCACAAUGUCAUCGUUCUACACAACAAGGGAAACCGAGGCAGGAUAGGAGUUGUCAUUGCGGCUUACAUGCACUACAGCAACAUUUCUGCCAGCGCGGACCAAGCUCUGGACCGGUUUGCAAUGAAGCGGUUCUAUGAGGAUAAGAUUGUGCCCAUUGGCCAGCCAUCCCAAAGAAGGUACGUGAAUUACUUCAGUGGCCUGCUCUCCGGCUCCAUCAAAAUGAACAACAAGCCCCUGUUUCUGCACCACGUGAUCAUGCACGGCAUCCCCAACUUUGAGUCUAAAGGAGGGUGUCGGCCGUUUCUCCGCAUCUACCAGGCCAUGCAACCUGUUUACACGUCUGGCAUCUACAACAUCCCAGGAGACAGCCAGACCAGCAUUUGCAUCACCAUCGAGCCAGGACUGCUCUUGAAGGGGGACAUCUUGCUGAAGUGUUACCAUAAGAAGUUCCGGAGCCCAGCCCGAGACGUCAUCUUCCGUGUGCAGUUCCACACCUGUGCCAUCCAUGACCUGGGGCUCGUCUUUGGGAAGGAGGACCUCGACGAUGCCUUCAAAGAUGAUCGAUUUCCAGAAUAUGGCAAAGUGGAGUUUGUAUUUUCUUAUGGUCCAGAGAAAAUUCAAGGCAUGGAGCACCUGGAGAACGGGCCGAGUGUGUCUGUGGACUAUAACACCUCCGACCCCCUCAUCCGCUGGGAUUCCUACGACAACUUCAAUGGGCAUCGUGAGGAUGGCAUGGAGGAAGUGGUGGGACACACUCAGGGGCCCCUGGAUGGAAGCCUGUAUGCCAAGGUGAAGAAGAAGGACUCCCUGCACGGCAGCACCGGGGCUGUUAAUGCCACGCGUCCCACCCUGUCAGCCACCCCCAACCACGUGGAGCACACGCUGUCCGUGAGCAGUGACUCAGGCAACUCCACAGCCUCCACCAAGACAGACAAGACCGAUGAGCCUGGCCCCGGGGCUCCCAGUGCCCCUGCUGCCCUGAGUCCUGAGGAGAAGCGUGAGCUGGAUCGCCUGCUCAGUGGCUUCGGCUUAGAGCGAGAGAAGCAAGGUGCCAUGUACCACGCCCAGCACCUCAGAUCCCGCCCCACAGGGGGCCUGGCUGCGCCCUCCUCAGGCCGCCAUGUCGUCCCAGCCCAGGUUCAUGUCAAUGGUGGGGCCUUGGCAUCUGAGCGGGAGACAGACAUCCUGGAUGAUGAGUUGCCCAACCAGGAUGGGCACAGCGUGGGCAGCAUGGGCACGCUCUCCUCCCUGGAUGGGGUCACCAACACCAGUGAGGGAGGCUAUCCAGAGGUCCUGUCUCCACUGACCAAUGGUCUGGACAAGCCCUACCCCAUGGAACCUAUGGUCAAUGGUGGGGGCUACCCCUAUGAGUCUGCUGGCCGGGCGGUGCCUGCCCAUGCUGGCCACACGGCCCCCAUGCGGCCCUCCUACUCUGCACAGGAGGGUUUAACUGGCUACCAGCGGGAGGGGCCCCACCCAGCCUGGUCACAGUCAACGACCACCCCCCACUAUGGCCAUGACCCCAGUGGUAUGUUCCGCUCUCAGUCCUUUCCGGAAACCGAGCAUCAGCUGCCCCCAGCUCCAGCCCGUGGGGGCAGCAGCCGGGAGGCCGUGCAGAGGGGGCUGAAUUCAUGGCAGCAGCAGCAGCAGCAGCAGCAGCCUCGUCCACCUCCACGCCAGCAGGAAAGAGCCCUCUUGGAGGGUCUUGGGCCAAGCAGGCCCAGCCCCCAGCCAUUGGCAGAGGCCCCCAUCCCUGGUCUCCCUGAGUUCCCGAGGGCAGCCUCCCAGCAGGAGAUUGAACAGUCCAUCGAAGCACUCAACAUGCUGAUGCUGGACCUGGAACCAGCCUCAGCUGCUGCUCCCCUGCACAAGUCCCAGAGUGUCCCAGGGGCCUGGCCAGGGGCUUCCCCACUCUCCUCUCAACCCCUGUCUGGCUCCUCCCGCCAGUCCCAUCCACUGACCCAGUCCAGAUCUGGCUACAUCCCCAGUGGGCAUUCCUUGGGAGCCCCUGAGCCAGCCCCGCGGGCCUCCUCAGAGUCCGUCCCUCCUGGCAGGCCUUACUCACCUUAUGAUUAUCAGCCAUGUCCGGCUGGACCUAACCAGGGUUUCCGUCCAAAGAGCCCGGCCUCCUCGUCUGCCUUCCUUCCAACCACCCACAGCCCUCCUGGGCCUCAGCAGCCCCCGGCCUCUCUCCCUGGCCUCACUGCUCAGCCUCAGCUCCCACCAAAGGAAGCAGUUCCAGAUCCUUCCCGAACUCCAGAGGAGGAGCCACUGAACCUGGAAGGACUGGUGGCCCACCGGGUAGCAGCGUACAAUGCCAGACUGCAGGACACUGGGCAGAGCAGUGGCUUGCGGGCACCUCCUCUCCACCGGCUCCACUCUUCCUCCCUCUCUGGCGUGCAGGCUCGGGAGAAGCAACCUGCAGAGCCCCCAGCCCCUCUCCGGAAGCGGGCAGCCAGCGAUGGACAGUAUGAGAACCAGUCUCCAGAAGCCACAUCCCCCCGGAGCCCUGGGAUUCGCUCCCCCGUCCAGUGUGUCUCCCCCGAGCUGGCUCUUACCAUUGCCCUUAAUCCUGGAGGGCGGCCCAAAGAGCCCCAUCUGCACAGCUACAAGGAGGCCUUCGAGGAGAUGGAGGGAACCUCCCCGACCAGCCCACCACCCAGUGGGGUGCGAUCUCCUCCAGGUCUGGCCAAGACACCCCUGUCUGCUCUGGGCCUGAAACCUCACAACCCAGCGGACAUCCUGUUGCAUCCGACAGGCGAGGAGGAUGAGGGGCAGAUGGUGGCCAAGCUUUCUGAAGAGCCCCGGAGCUAUGUUGAGUCUGUGGCGCGGACUGCGGUGGCUGGGCCCCGAGCUCAGGAUCCUGAGCCCAAGAGCUUUAGUGCCCCAGCUGUCCAGGCCUAUGGCCAUGAGACACCCCUGAGGAACGGGACCCUGGGCGGCUCCUUUGUCUCCCCCAGCCCCCUCUCCACCAGCAGCCCCAUCCUCAGCGCUGACAGCACUUCAGUGGGGAGUUUCCCAUCAGGGGAGAGCAGCGACCAGGGUCCCCGGACACCAACCCAGCCUGUGUUGGAUUCUGGCUUCCGUUCCGGCAGCCUGGGGCAGCCCAGCCCUUCAGCCCAGAGAAGCUACCAGAGUUCUUCUCCUCUCCCAACUGUGAGCAGCAGCUACAGCAGCCCUGACUACUCACUUCAGCAGUUCAGCUCCUCUCCGGAAAGCCAGGCCCGGUCUCAGUUCAGUGUGGCUGGUGUCCACACACUGCCUGGGAGUCCUCAGGCACGCCACAGGACAGUGGGCACCAACACUCCCCCUAGUCCUGGCUUUGGCCGGCGGGCCAUCAACCACGGCAUGGCUUCCCCCAGCAGUCCCAGUUUGAGCCACCGCCAGGUGAUCGGUCCACCAGGCACUGGUUUCCAUGGUAAUGCAGUCUCCAGCCCCCAGAGCACUGCAGUGACCACUCCAGGGAGCCCCAGUUUGGGCCGACACCCAGCAGGGGCCCACCAGGUUACAGGUCUCUAUGGCAACGUGGUCACCACUCCGGGGAGUCCCAGCCUGGGCCGGCACCCUGGGACCCACCAAAGUAACCUGGCCUCCAGUCUCCAUGGCAAUGCAAUAGCCAGCCCUGGAAGCCCCAGCCUGGGCCGUCACCUGGGGGCAUCUGGAUCUGUGGUUCCUGGUAGCCCCAGUUUGGACCGGCAUGUGGCCUAUGGUGGCUACUCCACCCCUGAGGACCGGAGACCCACACUGUCCCGGCAGAGCAGUGCCUCUGGCUACCAGGCCCCUUCCACGCCCUCCUUCCCUGUCUCCCCGGCCUAUUACCCUGGCCUGAGCAGCCCGGCCACCUCCCCCUCACCGGAUUCAGCAGGCUUCCGGCAAGGCAGCCCGACACCAGCCUUGCCAGAGAAGCGGAGGAUGUCUGUGGGAGACCGAGCGGGCAGCCUCCCCAACUACGCCACCAUCAAUGGGAAGGUGUCCUCCUCACCUGUCACCAGCGGCAUGUCCAGUCCCAGUGGGGGCAGCACCGUCUCCUUCUCCCAUACUCUGCCUGACUUCUCUAAGUACUCCAUGCCAGACAACAGCCCUGAGACGCGGGCUAAAGUGAAGUUUGUCCAGGACACUUCCAAGUAUUGGUACAAGCCUGAGAUCUCCAGAGAACAGGCCAUUGCACUCCUGAAGGACCAGGAGCCAGGGGCCUUCAUCAUCCGUGACAGUCACUCCUUCCGUGGGGCUUAUGGGUUGGCAAUGAAAGUGUCUUCUCCCCCUCCAACCAUCAUGCAGCAGAAUAAAAAAGGAGACAUGACCCAUGAGCUGGUGAGGCAUUUCCUAAUAGAGACUGGCCCCCGAGGAGUCAAGCUCAAGGGAUGCCCCAAUGAGCCGAACUUCGGAUCUCUGUCUGCCCUGGUCUACCAGCACUCCAUCAUCCCGCUGGCUCUGCCUUGCAAGUUGGUUAUUCCAAACCGAGAUCCCACAGAUGAAUCGAAAGAUAGCUCAGGCCCUGCCAACUCAACCGCCGACCUGCUGAAGCAAGGAGCAGCCUGCAAUGUGCUCUUUGUCAACUCUGUGGACAUGGAGUCACUCACUGGGCCACAGGCCAUCUCCAAAGCCACAUCUGAGACAUUGGCUGCUGAUCCCACGCCAGCUGCCACCAUCGUUCACUUCAAGGUGUCUGCCCAGGGAAUCACACUGACUGACAACCAGAGAAAGCUCUUCUUCAGACGACACUACCCCCUCAACACCGUCACCUUCUGUGACCUGGAUCCUCAGGACAGAAAGUGGAUGAAAGCUGAGGGAGGUGCCCCUGCUAAGCUUUUCGGCUUCGUGGCCCGGAAGCAGGGCAGCACCACGGACAACGCCUGCCACCUCUUUGCUGAGCUUGACCCCAACCAGCCUGCCUCCGCCAUUGUCAACUUCGUCUCCAAGGUCAUGCUGAGUGCCGGCCAGAAGAGAUGAGCCCCACCCCUCGCCCAGGGCCAGGGCAGUGGGGAUGGGGCGUGUGGGGAGGGGACCCACGAAUCCUGACCACCCUUAAAUCCAGAAGGAGGACUUUGGGCCAAUUUUGGAGAAGGAGAGAAGAAAGUGCAACGUGGGGAGAGGGAAGUGAAUUGCAGAGGGGAGUGGGGAGAGAGAGAGAGGAAGGAAUGGACGGUCGAGAAGAACUUGGAUUCCCCUGGCUGGAUGGAAACUGCAGAAACCCAAAGCCUCCCAGACUAACCAGGUCCACCUAAUUCUCCCUUUCCCCCUCGUAGAGGGUGGUGCUCCUCAAAGGAGAUGAAACAAACUUCCUUGGGGGUCCAUAUUUGGGGGGGGAAAUGGGAAAGCUCUGUCUCCCUGACCCAGCUUCUUUGCAAGGAGUAAUCAAGCUGAGAGAAUCUUUUUCUGGCCACCUCUGGGGUAGGUUACCAAACCAAACGGAGCCAGCGUGGGACAUCAAAUGGCAGAACUUUUUCUUUUUUCAGACCCAAGGCACCUACGGUCUCUUUGCUGUGACUCCCACGUGUGAUGUGUGGGUGUAUAUAUGUCCACACCAUGUCCUCACAUGUUGAUUUAUAUCUGCCCUUAUGAGCUAGAAUUAUAAACAGCUAUACCUGUCCAUAUCCCCUGUGUUUGCACACACAUGUGCAUACUGUCCAAAGGUGGUUAGGGUUGGGGGUGACAGGGCUAGGGAGGGAACAGAAACCCUCUUCUACAAGGUGCUCAAGAUGACGGGUCCUGGAGGUUCUCUCUUGGUCCUGCACCUGCACUCUAGCAGCCCUGGGUGUUGCCAGCUCCUUCUCCUCUACAGAGACCCCUGCUCUGCCUCCUUUGGCUUGAGGAGGUGGAGAUAUGUGUGUCCAUAGCCUUGGGAUAGAAAUCAGGCAGGAAGGGUGGCUAUUGAGUUCUGGGCGGCCCAGCGGCAAGGAUGGCCCUGGACUCUGCCUGAGCUCCCACCACUCAGCCCCAUCUCGGGUUCCGUACCCCAGAACCCACCUUAUCUCAGACUGGCUUAUCCGCAUGAUGCCUUCUUGGGGGCUGCUCUGCCCUGCCCUUCUGUCCUGCAGGGUCCCCGCACUGGGGCUCAUCCUGGGGAACCUGCUUCUGAAAGCCCUGCUCAGCGAGGCCCAGAUGCUGGAGUCCUCAUCCUCCCCUCUGUAAGUGUUUUGCAGUCCAACUCUGCAGACCCUCUGGCUGGGCUGCCCAGGGUGACAUCAGCAGAGCUCCUAGGGCUGCUAUCUGUGCACCACAUAGCCUACAUACAGUGCCCAAGCCUUGCUGUUCCCCCUCUGCCUUGGUUUCUCCAGCAGGGCCACGCUGCCUUUGGAGUAGAGGGCAGAAAACAUGCAUUUAGGCCAACAGGCAUAGGGUCCAUUUGGGUAGUUGGGAAAACUCCCGACCACCACCCAAGGACUCUACACCAGAGUGGAAAAUUCACCAAGACUCCAUUCUUAAGCCUAUGGAGGCCACUAGAGAGAGGCAUUGUACUGAUAUAUAAAUAUACAUAAUAUAUACGUAAGACAUACUGACAGAAUCUGUAAGCUAAUAAAAUAUAAGAAAAGGUUAAAAAGAGAAUAGGUAAAAUUACAAGAAGUAUUUAUUGUCCUCCCAUGUUGCUUUAUUGCCUUCCUGGGCAUAAACCAGUUCCCAUCUCUUUUUAUAUGUAUGAGUAAAAUCUGAAAUGUGGGGGGCCUUUAUUCUUGGAGCAGCCAGGGGUCUGCUUGCUCUGGCCUUGGCCCUCCCUAGACUCUGUCUGAGGCUCAGCAGGGAAGGGGGUGCACAUGUCCCACCCCUGCACCCUUAUCCUCCCUCAGGCCGGGGGCCAGCAGCCAGCAGCCAGCUCCCAGGACGUGUGGGCCUGAGCCACGGUGUGGGUAUGUGUGGCAGAUGUGGUCGUGUGUGUGUCUUUAGUAGGUUUUCUCCUCCAGGGAGCUGUACCUGUGUGGACAUUUGUUUCAGGGAGUUGGUAAAUGAGAGUGUCUGAAGAGGGUGGGGAGCAGGAUGAAGGCCCCACCAGCCCCUGCUUUCCAAAGAGCACCAACCUUGUGCUUGGUGACCAAGGUCUCUCCAAAGUGCUCUUCCUUCUGAGAUAGUCAAGCCAAAUACCUGGGUUUUCUCCUCUCCUCAUUCCCUAGUUAACUCCAAUUCUCCUUCAAGAUAGAAAGAGAUAUUUCCCUGUUCCCUUCCUUUGUAAAUAUCUUCAUCUCCCACCAGAUGGCCCGGGGAGUCCCCUCGUCACUUUUGGGAUAUUGUCUCCACACUCGUGGUUGGGUGGAGCGUCAGCCCCUUCGGCAGCCAUGCCCAGGCUCGGGACUGUGUCUGGGGUCAGCCUUCACACUUGCUUUUCCACCCACCCACUGCCCACCAGCAGCCCACCUCCCAGGCACGGCAUGCCCCUCCACUCCAGGCUUGAGCUGUGCGUGAGCCUGCGGGAAGGACCCAGGUGAUGCUGGAAAGCUGAUCACUCACUCCCAGUACCCUCUGGAAGGAGCUGGUUCCAAGAGUUUGGCCUUUCCAGAAGAACAAUGGAGAAGGGUACCCCCAUCUCCACGGGGGCCCCACCUUUGCGUCUGACACCACAGCUCCCUGUGUACCCAUGCACACACGUACGUACACACACACCACACAGCACUGCAGUAUAUUCUUGCCAAAGAUUUCCUUUAAAACAAAGCACUUUUACUAAUUCUUGUUAGUAUUUUUAUAAUGUUUAUCCUUGUCUUUCCUCCCCCUCCCUCAGCCUGUUGUGCUGUUUAUUGUUGGAUCUGUUUGUCAGCCAGGAGACUGCUGUCUGGUCUUGAACAUGGGCUGGGGUGGGGAAGGGUCUGGGAGAAGAUGGUGAGGAGGAGUGGGACAGACUGGGCUGCCCUGGGGGCUCAGGCCCCAGCUCCAGCCACACUGGCUCUAGUGGCCCAGCCGGGUCUCUGCCCAGCCAGGUCUCUGCAUAGCUGGCCUUGUAUGGUGUCUGGAGGCAAGAGUGUAGAUGAGGAAUGUCUCUGAUACAAAAGGCCCAGUGCAGUCCACGUGACUUUACCCAGCAGGAGGAAGAGGGAAGGAUGGGACAUGAGAACAAUGGAGAAGUGACCCCAGAGGGAAAACAGGGAAGAAAUGAGCUGUUUAAUCAACUUCCAGGGGUAACUGGAGUGUCCCCAUUCUGCCAUCUGAUGUCCUGGCUCCCUUAUCUAGCCAGGUAUUUGAGGGACAUAGACAUCAUGUCCUAGGUUUUGGGAAGGCCUUUUGACACAUCUCAUGUGAAUGUCUCCCCUAGCAGCUUUGAAUGCUUGUGGACACCAAUUGCCAGGAUUCCUUCUCUCCUAGUAUUGAACUCUCUGAGUAUGUCAGAGAUUGGCCAGAAUAGGGAUGGUGGGGCCCUGUGGCUGUGUGACAGUAAGAGGGCAGCCGCUGGACAAGUGUGAUCUCUCUAUCGGGGAGCUCUCUGGAAGGAGCAGAGUGGGGCAUUCUUCUGCCUCUUUUUUUACAGGCCUGACAUGUCGGGCUGGCUCUCAUGCAAUCCUGAGGGGUGCAGAGGAUAGGUCAGUGUGAACCAUGCCUAUCCUCGCUCUGGACUUUGGUCCACCACUCCUGCCUCCUGGGUUUUCUUCCCUGCCCUAGGUCUUCACAGCUCCAGAACCUGGGGAGAUCAAGUGGGCAAUGCCCCAUGCAAGGGAGGCAGCCCACCCCUACCCCCACACUCGGGGUCCUUGGAGAGGCUGAGCGCAGAGUCCUGGAGCCACCUCCUCACCCAGGUCCAGGCCCUGUGAUCCUGAGACUCUCAUUUCCUUGGCCAGCGGUAACAUAGGACGUGUGUGUGUGCGUGUGCAAGUGUGGAUGUAUGUGUGUGCAUGUAUUUUGCUCAUCUCUUUAGGGAAUUGGGGGUGGGAGUUGGAGGUGGUGGGCAAUGGGACGUCAAGUUCAACCUCACCCAGCAGCGAGCGGAAUCAAGAGCUGAGGCCCGUAGGGCCACGAAUUGGUGGAGUCUCAGUGUUGGCGAUGGUGAGGAUCUGGACACAAAGGCAGGGCUCGGGCACGUCUGUUCCUUCGUGACUCCUCUGUCCUCAAAUGUCUGAUGUGUUGGAGGACCUCUGUUUAUUUUCCACACCUGGGCUCUUCCCAGCAUCGAGAUUAUUGUCAAGGGAUGUCCUGUGUUUGAUUUCUAAUCAGUGUUAAACAGUUUGAAGCUCUCCUGUGCACCCAUGUUUGGUUUGCUUGUGUGUGAGAGAGCACAGCGGUGUGUGCGUGCUGUGUUUUCCCAUUUUCUCUCCUCCCUUCUGACAUGUCAUUCAAAAUAAAUGUAAGAAAUUCCUUACCCCACGCCCCCAGGCCCUCUGCAGGAAAACCAGAAUAACCCCGCUUCCUCUCCCCACCCCCCAGCUGUGUAUUUAUAUAGAUGGAAAUAUACUUUAUAUUUUGUAUCCUUGUGCCUAUAACCUCUGCCACCUGUAUAAACCCUGACCUAUGCUACUUAUCCUGGAUAUGAAUGUAUUGUACACUGAUGUUGUCCCACUCCUGUACAGCUGCUUCGUUUCUUUGCGGAUCCAUUGUAUGGCUUUAUAAAUGAUAAAGUUAAAGAAAAAUC